AUGGCCCAAUUCGCAGACUUGGAGGAGACUAUAGUCUCCAUCGCUGAUGCUGCCCUCACAGCCGCUGAAGCUGACGCCGCUGCACCCGACACCAAGCUCAUCUUCCGUCCAGAAUGGCGUCCCACACCUCGAAAGCGAAGCACUACAAGUCAACGUCCACCACUAGCAAAGCCUUGGUCGUGGGCCUCCGUCGUCAAUCAAGUACACCGUGCUGUCCUCCAACCUGAAUCUCCCCGGUCCGGAUCGCCGGUGGUGCCGCCUCCAAGCCCGUUCUCGACGGCGCCGUCUACUUCGCCUCCUCCCGCCGCUUCCCCCGUUCCACCUCCACCUCAAGCCAAACCACAAGCCCAGGAAGAUUUUGUUGCCGAGUUGCUGAAGAGAAACCAAGAUGUCUUCGAUGCAGUCAUCAACCACCCAUUCCCCCGCGCUAUGGGAGAGGGAACUGCGUCAUUGGACGGUUUCAGAUACUACAUGCUGCAAGACAAACUGUACCUGGAAACCUGCGCUCGAUUGAAGAUGAUGUCUGUCGCUGAAGCAUCUGACUUCGAUGCCGUUGAAGGCUUCGAAUACCGUCAUAAAUCCUCAAUCGAAUAUGUGACAAAGUUGAAGGAGGUUUGCAUGACGAUGCUCGGGAUCACGGAAGAAACGAUCAAGGCGACCAAGCAAAGUGUUCAACUUGACGCAAGCCAGAGAUUCUACAAGGACUCUCUCCGGAACGAACACGCUCUGCUGGGAUACUAUGUUGUCUUACUCCCUUGCGUAUUGUGCUACUGGAAGAUCGCUGAACGUCUCAUGAACGAUCCCAAGACGGUGAAAAAUGUCAUCUACCAUCCAGCUUGGAUCGAAGUCAACUUCGACUCUUCUUCCGUUGGCAAAUAUACCAAAUUCAUCAAUGAAAAUAUUGCCGCGCAAGGUGGACUCGACCGAUGGAACUACAUAUUUCGAAUCGCAUGCGGGCUCGAGAGGGACCUUUUCGACACGGGCCUGGCCGCGCCAGCCCCUUACAACAUAAUACCCGAUGGAACCUACUCUGUCAACCCUGUCUCAAUCCCAGGCUCCACACUCACCGCUCAAGAUCCUCCAGAGCAUCUGCCCGAGUACUUCUCCGCCUCUGGUAGCUCUGUCUUGGUGCGGAAGAAGACUGGGCAGGAUACGGAGAAGUGGGAGGUCUUGGCCACUAAAACGGGCUACACGAUCAAGAACAUUUUUACUGGACGAUAUCUUGCUAUGUCUGGCGAAGACCGCGGGAAAGGCCGUAUCCUGACCCUCGCUACCGAGCCCUACUCUUGGUGGAUCAAUCCCACAAAGAGCAAGCUCGGUGAGCGCUCAUCAAUGUACCACAUUCAUGACUCCGUCAACCUUCGCCACACGCUUCACGCAGAUGCCAAAGCAUCCAUACGAACUGAUGCGUCUCUCAAAGCGGUCGUUGCGCAAGAGCAUAAUCCGAGCCCUUCCCAAAUGUGGACCAUCGACACCGGCGGGGAAAAGCCCCGGCCUCCACCGGUUCAGAUAGACGAUGACCUCGCUACCAACAUCCCAGCCAAGGAACCAUUGCCUGAUGCUUCAGACAACUCGGGGCUAAGCGCUAGUGACCUCGCGAACAUAUUGAAAGGUCUUGGGGAGGAGCAUGACAACGAGAUGCAGGCCCUAAGGGAGGACGUGACAAAGAACUUCGCGGGAUUCGGUACCCAACUUGGCGAGGUGAUGAAGGACCUUGCGAACAAACACAAGACCGAGAUCGGCGCGCUGAAGCAAGAGUUGGCCACAAGCGUGUCGGAAACGGAUAAACUCGUGCGCGAUUUUCGAGCGCUGAAGGGGCAGACAACGGCAGAGAUGGCCAAGUUGUCGAACCGCAUGAAGGAAAUGGAGACGAUGCUGGAGACGGUCAAGACGGAGAAAAAGGAUACAGAGAAAAAGCACGAGACGUUGGCGAGAAAAGUGCGCCUUCUGACAUGCCAUUGGGAAUCCGCUGGUGGCCACUUCGACGCUGACAAUUUCCAUCCACCUCCCAUCGAGUCUGGAGACCGAGAUGGCAUAUCUUUCUCCGUCAUGCGAAUCGAGAUAAAGCAGGCUUCAUGGUAUAUCACCGAUAUUGGCGACGGAGGGUUCUGUGAUGCCCAUGGAGGCGAACGCAAAUUCUGGAUACUCGUUGGCGAAGGGUCCUUGUUGGAGUGGGUCCCGCAUCACGGACGAUUCAAGGCUGACUCGGGCCUCGAAUUGGUUCCCGGCUGGGACAAGGAGUCGAGCAGAGUUGCCAGUACUCUCUAUAUCGCGCGCUUCACCAAGUCAGGUAGCACCUACGUGACGCACGUGAAGGAUGGCCAGAACGGCGUCUCCAAGAGGCUUGACGACGAGACAAAUCUGUCUUCAAAGGACUAUGAAGUGCUAUGCUAUAAGGACUUGUGA